AUGAAAGUAAAAAGGAAUAAGAAUAAUAAAAAGAUUAUAGCAUACUAUCACCACAACUUUUCAUUUAGAGAACCUUUCUCGGUUUUAGUCGAUCCAUUCUUUAUCUUUAAAUGUUUAGAGUUUAAUGUAGACUUUGAUAAAGCUAUUAGAAAUACUUUGGGUGAAAAGACUAGAUUAUACACAACAACAUGUGCACUUGAAGAAGCUAGAAUACAAGGAGAAGACUAUCAAAAUGUUUUGAAUUUGGCAAGAACCAUUAGUCAUUUUAGAUGUAAUCACAAGGAUCAUGAAUUCAUUGAUCGUGACUUUCCAACCUACUCGUGUUUUGAAGAUAUGGUGACCAAGAAUCCAAGUCGUUUCUAUCUAUGUGUUCAAAACAAUGAUGCUAGAUUCGAUCUACGUACCAAACCUGGUAUUCCUCUUAUGUUUAUUCUUUCAAACUUUGUCAUUCUUGAAAACCCUUCAAAGGUUUCUUAUCAAACUUCAUCUCAGACACAAAAAGAUUUAACAAAGAUUACAGAUUAUGAAAGAGCAUUGGUUAGAAAAGAGGUGCUGGAACAAAGACUAAAGAUAAAGUUGGAAAGAAUUAGAUCAAAGGGCAAAGACCCUGAAUUGGAAUUAUUGCCAACUGCUGCAGAAACAGCAAUUGAAUUGGAACGUAAAGCAAAGGAGGAAAGAGAAAGAAAAAUGAAAGAAGAGGAUCUACUCCGUGAACAAAUGGAGGCUGCUGAAAACAGUUAUUUAAAAACAAACAAAAAGAAAAAGAAGAAAUUGAUAUUAUCAACAUCUACUCCAAAACCAAAAGAAAAUGGAGAUGAUGACAAUGAAGAAAAUAUAACUACUGUAGAUAAAAAAGAAGAUGAAAAAGAAUCAACAAAAAUAUCAACAACAUCAACAAAUACAAAACCAACAACAAUAUCAUCAAAAGUAGGUAUUAACGACAAUAGGAAACAAGAUCUUGGGAAAUCAAAGUUAUUAUCAGUCAAAAAGAAAAAUAACAAGGAAGUAAUGGUACCAGAGAAGAAAGAAAUCAAAAUCAACUGGAGAUGA